AUGAAGUUCCUCACAACGCUCCUCACCACCGCACUGGCUCUCGCGGGCCUGAGCGCGGCAAGCGGCUUGGAAAUCGAGUACCUGACCCCGACGAUAGAAUGCGAGCGCAAAACGAAGAAGGGCGACACCAUCGACGUGCACUAUGCCGGCACGCUGCAAGCCACAGGUGCAGAGUUUGACUCCAGCUUCGGCCGCGGCACGCCGUUGACGUUCCAGCUUGGUGCUGGGCGGGUCAUCAAGGGAUGGGACGAAGGCUUGCUCGACAUGUGCAUUGGUGAGAAGCGUCGGUUGACGAUCCCGCCGGAGAUGGGGUACGGUGCGCAGUCUGUCGGGCCGAUCCCGGCCAACAGUGUGCUUAUUUUCGAGACUGAGUUGAUGGGUAUCAAGGGCGUCAAGAAGGACGAGCUCUAG